UGUUUUUUAGCAGAUUGUACUUGUUCUAUGGCCUCUGUGGCUUCAGAAGGCUUUUUGCUUGUUGGCUAAUGAAGAUCGAGUCUCAUCAUGUUACUUAUUCCCCCAGAUCCCCAGAUCACAAGCCGUAGGUUCAGUCCACCGCUCCAUGGUAAGACCAGAGAUGGGACAGUGGGAGUGACAGCUCAGCAUGAGGAGAGUGGCCCCCAGAGUACAGGGGACAUUCCUGCUGAGUUCAGGCCCACCGACAGCCCCAACUUUCUGGUGUCAAGCCUCCCCGCACACUGGCGUUGCAACAAGACUCUGCCACGUGCCUUCACGGUGGUUGCCCUGGGUGAUGUAAGUGACGGUGUUCUAGUCACGGUGAUGGCAGGGAAUGAUGAGAACUGUUCAGCUGAGCUAAGGAACGCCACCACGCUGAUGACAUCACACACAGCACGCUUCAAUGACCUCCGCUUUGUAGGACGCAGUGGGAGAGGUAAAAGCUUUAAUCUGACCAUAACCGUGUUCACCAGUCCUCCCCAGGUGGCCACGUACCACAGAGCUAUCAAAGUUACUGUAGACGGACCUAGAGAGCCUCGCCGUCACAGGCAGAAGCUAGAGGUGGGUCCAAAAACAGGGCUUUUCAGGGUUGCCAUGCCGAUGCAGAGUCUCCGCCCCCUCAACAACAUCACCAACCCUCCAACAAGAGCCUUCCCUCUCUCAGACUCUAGGCCCCUUUCCUCACCCCCCUGGACCAAUGAUCAAUCUUACCCCUUCUCAUCCUCAAGAACCACUGGCCUCUCAGGUGUGUGUGAGCUGGCUGCUGGGUUUGAUCGCCCGUUUCCCCCCCUCUCCUCAUUCUCGUCCACUCCCAGAAUGCACUUCUCGUCCUUCCCUUACUCCGUCACCCCCCCUCCACCACCGUACCUCCCCCCACCUUUCCCCACGCUCACCCCCCAUUCCCACAGUGGACUCUUCCAGCCCAGCAGCAGCCCCAUCCUCUACUAUGGAGCCUCUGCUGGGACCAACCACUACAUCUCACUGCCAGAGGGGGACAGGACAAACCACUUUACCUCUGGGCCGGGAGGAGACCAGGCCCCCACUGCCGCGCUGGCCAAUCAAACAGAGGGUAGGGGGGAGGAGCCUGUGUGGAGGCCAUAUUGACUCGGACAGGAUGUUGCAAUCAAUCAAUCACGAAUCAAUCAAUCAAGAAUCAAUCAAAACCUGAUGGUUAAUGCUUUACGCCUGUGUCUUUACAUUUAUAUUUGUUCCCAUUAAUAAUACUAAGAUGCACUACAUAGUUCUAUGUGUGUGUUUUAUGAACUCGUACAAAAUGUACUUUUGAGUUUUAUGGUUAUGUAGUGUUAUUUUAUGGUUAUUGUUGGUUAUGG